UUCAUGUCCUACGGCUACGUACGUGUGGAACGUCUUGAUUCUUGAAUGCAGGCGGAAAGCUAGCAAUCAACGACAGAUGGGGAAGUUUUUAUUGACAUUCGUGCGACAUGGAGAGACUGAAUACAACAAGAAAGGGUUACUUCAGGGUCAAAUUGACAUUCCACUCAACGAGACCGGACUGAAACAGGCCGAUGCCCUUGGACGAUACUUGGCAAAAGAAAGAUUUGAUCGAGUGUACUCGAGUGAUUUGAGUCGGUGUGUACAGACGACUGAAGGCGUCAUAAGAAAUGCAACAGUCCCACGACCAAACAUGGUCAAAGAUGCAAGACUCAGAGAAAGGAGCUUUGGUGAAGGAGAAGGGCUGUCUAGAGAGGAGAGAGCAAGCAAGGGAUCAUUUGACCCAGAGGGCGCAGAAACACGCAAACAGGUAGUUGACAGAGGACUGUCUUUUCUUCAUGACCUUUGCCUUGAUGUCCACAAAGAGUACGGACAACGGAUGGACGACUGCAGCGAAAUCAUGACAGGCUCCUCCCCCGUUGAAGAAGAAGAAGGAGAAAUAGAGGACGAUUCCUUUGAGGUUGUCUUUGCCGUGGACAACAAUGAUGCAUCAACGGGCGAUGCCUGCUCCAGUGACAUCACACAAAAUUCAACACAUGGGACUGUUGUAAGUCAAAGGGAGACCUGUGUAGCUAUCAAGACUCAAAAAGAAGUCAGUGGGACUGAACAUGCAACAAAAACUACAGAUGGGACAUCAAAGGAAUAUGACCAAGACUCGCAACAUGGCACUACCUCAGAACCAACACGUGGGACUACAACACUAGGUUCUACUGGGAAAUUAGGACGUCAUCCUAUUUUCAAAUCGGAUAUAACGGGGAUCAACGACACUCCCCCAAACUGCCCUCACAUUUUUGUAUCGGCGCAUGGGUAUAUACUCCGUGCCUUGUUCCAAACUCUGCAGAAACAGUACAAAAUGAUUGAUUUUGCAGGUGGAAAAUCAAUACUCAAAGCAAUACUCAGGGGUAGAUGCCCCAACACGGGGCUUAGUACUUUUGUAUUUACACUUGACAGUGAUGGACUCCUGAGUGAUGUAGAAUGCUAUUUCGUGUAUGCCAUAGAUCAUUUGGAAGGCAUUGAGUAUAUACAUACAUAAGAGGGGGAGGGAGGGGGAGAUAUCAAGAGAGAGUGAGAGAGAGAGAGAGAGAGAGGGGGGGGGGGGGGGGAGUCUGUUGCACUUACAUGUAUAUGUUUAUAUUUUAACAGAAGCUGAAAGGCAUGGAGGUUAUACAUGUCAAAGAGAAAGAGAAAGAAAGAGAGAGUGAAAGGUUAACCUAAGCCUAAUGGCACAUAUUUUUGUAACAUAUUCUACCUCUAUUAAAAAUUAUAUUCAUUUAUAUAUAUGAUAUUUACAAUCUUAAGCCUUCAGGGGUUGUCUUAAAGCAUCCUGCUCAUUGCCUACAAUGGGACAAUUAUUUCCCAGGGGAGAUAUGUUGACUGCCCUCUAAAUGUUGAGUGUCCUUGCACUGCCAGGUUUUCAGUGACAUUUGAUGUAAUUCAAUUUGUAAUUUGUAUGUAAUAAUGCAAUUAUCUAUAAUUUGUAUGUAAUAAUGUAGGCCUGAUAUGUAAUUUGUAUAAUUAUGAUCAUGGAAGUUGUUUGAAUGUAAUAAUGUUAUGCACAUAGAGGAUUGUCACUAAUGAUUAUUAUGUGCUAGAUAAGUCACAUUUAUUAUUAAUUACUAUAAUAAGCUACUGAAAUUGUUGCAUUUGUUUGGCUGAAAACAAAUUUGUCGUAAAAAUGUGACACUUGUUACUGAUAAAAAAAA